UCUUCUAAGCUUCACAAUGAGGAUGACCCCCCAGAGUCUUCAGCAGCUGAGCAGCCUUCCACGUCUACAGAGACUACGCAGACUCCCCAGACAGCAGCCUUAUCUGAAGCAGAUACUUCCCCUCCACCUUACUGUAGCAUAGCUGUAGAAGCAGCUGCAACCUCAGAAACACACAAUGAAUUUUAUCCUGUACCACCUCCAUACAGUGUAGCUACCUCUCUUCCUACUUACGAUGAAGCAGAGAAGGCCAAAGCUGCAGCAAUGGCAGCUGCUGCAGCAGAAGUUGCCCAACGAGAAGAAGAGUAUCCACCACGGGAUGAUUUCAGUGAUGCAGAUCAGCUUAGAGUGGGCAAUGAUGGCAUCUUCAUGUUGGCAUUUUUCAUGGCAUUUAUUUUCAACUGGAUUGGAUUUUGUUUAUCCUUCUGUAUAACAAAUACCAUAGCUGGAAGGUAUGGUGCAAUCUGUGGAUUUGGUCUGUCCCUGAUCAAAUGGAUUCUCAUUGUACGGUUUUCAGAUUACUUUACUGGAUAUUUCAAUGGACAGUACUGGCUUUGGUGGAUAUUUCUUGUACUUGGACUCCUCCUGUUCUUUCGAGGCUUUGUUAAUUAUCUUAAAGUCAGAAAUAUGUCUGAAAGCAUGGCAGCUGCUCACAGAACAAGAUUUUUUUUCUUGUACUGAAGACUGCAUCGAACAGACAUUCCUUUCCUAUACCAGAGUGAAACUUCCAGAUGAUCUGUAACCCUCCAAGUUGAUAGGAUAGAAGACUACUAAAACCAGAAGAUAAAUUAGUGAAGAUAACGGCUUCAAAAACAAAUGACAGGAUGGUUUAUAAUCGAAUACCAGUUCUGGUCAUUCUAGUAAAUAUUUAUAAUUGCUGCCUUUUGUUCUAGCACAUUUGUAUAUGUGCUUAUUAAAAAGAUAGUAUUGAACUAAGAACAAACUAUCUGUUAGUAUAGAUUAGGUACAGUCAGACUCAGUUAAUCUGUGCUUGUUGUAUCUGAAAGAUUUAAGUGGUAACUUGUUUCACAGUGUGUAUGUACCACUGACUUGUUGGUCUGAACUUUGAGUGCAAUGAAAUGCAUUCAAUGAUUCAGAUUAACCAGUUCAGACAGUUUUUUAUAUAAUUUAGAUUCAUCUAAUGAUUGUGUAGAACACUUUUAAGUUUACUAAACCCCAAAGUUCCUUGUUGUCACAAACUUGUAUUCGCCAAUAUUUUAUCAAAUUCAAACCAAUAUACUGGUUUGUUUAAAACCGAUACUCCACUUUGAGUCCCCUGUAAAUAACUCUGCGUAAAUGACUGUUUGAAUUGCUUCUUAGGAAAUAUGUCAAAAUAUAUUUUGUAACAGCAUAUUCUCUAAAUUUUGUUUAAUCUUAGAGCUACCUACAUAUUUUUUGUUAAUUGGCUAUUAAGGCUAUAGUUACUGUUAGAUGUAAUUUUGGAGGUAAAGGCAUUGAAUUGUUUGUCUCAUCCUAACUUUCCUCACAUGAAUUAUUAUUAUUAGCUGGUUUGGGCUUGAGCCUGAAAGUCGUUAUUCAUAUGCAUGAUCCCAUUAGAAGACAGAGUUUGUUCAUGUUAGCAGGGAUGGACAGCCUUACAUCUUUAGUCCUUGGUUAUGCAGCUGGAUCCUCGUAGGUGCACCUUUGUUCCUGAAACAGAGUAUCGCAAAUGUAUUCCCUGGGUUAUAACACCGGCUCUGUUUAAGAAGUCUUGAGUUCAGUGUAAAUACAACAUCAACCCUGAGGGCUUCUCAAAAAAAAUUCAUAUAGCUAUCUUACAGUGCUUGUUUAGAAUAAAUACUUUGCCAUUUCCUAAGAAUAAACUAAUUUAAAUGUAAGGUAAUUUGGAAAUAAUCUAUGAAGGGGGUAAAAAAAAAAAAUCUUACUUUCAAAGCUCUGAAAGUAGAAAAUGUGUGUUGCACCUCUCCCAGUAUUCCUUUAAGAUAUACCAUUACUUUCUUACAAAUAUCAUCUCUUUAAGGGGUACUGUCUACAGUUCAUGCAUGUGUGGUUUCCUUUAAAGAUUGUGAAAUUUAUGCUUCUCCUUAAGUAGGAGAAUAGAUCUCUCAGUCCUUUGUACAACUGGAAUCUCAGUUGCAAAAAUACAUUGGUUGUUGGUUGCACCUUUGAGGAAAAAAAAUACAAAUACUUUCCUCCAGUUUUUCUUUUUAUAUUAGAAUUCUGCCUUUUUAUUACUAACAUUAAAACCAGUGAGGUUUAUGUUGUUUUAAGCUAGUGCUGUAUUCAGUUUUGUAUCUAUAAUGAAUGUUUAAAAUAUACAUAUGUAAACUGGUCACAUUAUUCAUUUUCUUAAUCUUUCAGAGAUACUGAAAGUGACUAAAACUUUAGGGGCACCUCCACUGCCCAGCUUUUUAUGGAAAGAAUAAAAAUUAAGUAUUAUGUUCAAUAUCCGAUUGGGAUUUCCUUCUAAACUUAUCUGUUUGUUUCUGUGUUCUUUUGCGUUCAUUGUCCAUAUGAAAAAGAAGCGGAUAAUAAAACAUGGCUUUGUUUUGCUAAUUAU